GCCCGGGCCAGAAAUUUUGGCCGAAGCAGAGCUGGUUGAUGACAAACGUCGAACGGGCCCAUCCCCGGUGUUGCCGCGGCCACCUUCGUUUCGCGCGCGCUUUUCUGUCUGUGUCUGCUUCUGCUCUGCAUGCAUUGAUUUUUCUCUCCCUUCUUUCUCUCGCGUCCCGACAACAUGUAUCGCGCCACGCUCAGGACAGCCCCCAGUGCUCUGCGCGCGAUCCGGCCGACGACCGUCGCCUCCGGCUCCCGGCGGCUGGCUUCGACGGCCGCGGCAGCCAAGAAGAAGGGCACCUGGACGGGGACCGGGCUACGAUGGGGUCUUGCCAUCGCGGCAGUGUACUUCUACAACACCAGCCCGAUCUUCGCCGAUGAGCUCCCUCCUGUGCCUGCGCCGCCUCACUUCUCGGACGCCGACCUUCCCACCAUCGAUGCCAUGAUCGAGGAGAAGCGCCGCCAAGCAGCCGCAGCCGCAGCCGCAGCCGCACCACCUCCGCCGCCGCCCUCUUCCCAGCAGCAGCCCGCGAACGCUGUCAGUGAGAAAGAGGAUGUGAAGACCGAGCAAACGAAGCCAACAGAAACCGAGGCUGCUACAACGGCUGCCGCCGAGAAUGAACCGGAGCCCGGGUCGCCCGAGGCGCUGGAGCAGAGCGCCACUGAGCAAGGCGCCUUCGACCCGGAGACGGGCGAGAUCAACUGGGACUGCCCGUGCCUGGGCGGCAUGGCCCACGGGCCGUGCGGAGAGGAGUUCAAGGCGGCCUUCAGCUGCUUCGUCUACUCCAAGGAGGAGCCCAAGGGGAUGGAUUGCAUCGAGAAGUUCCAACACAUGCAGGACUGCUUCCGGAAGUAUCCCGAGAUCUACGGCUCCGAACUAGCCGACGACGAAGACGAGGAGGGCGCCCCGGCUCAAGAAGGCGCCGCUGCUGCGGCAAAGACGAGCGAGACGCAGACAUCAGCAAGCGCAGCGCCGCCUGCCGCCGGGACCGGGGAGUCGGCGGCGCAGCCGGCUGAGACGACGGAGUCGGGGGCUCCGAAGAAAGACGUCGACGCGAUCGGGCCGAACAAGGGCAAGGAGUAAUUAAUCUCCGCUGAACUCACGAUACGACACCGGGCUCUCCAUCCUGUUGCAGCGUUGCGACACGUUUGGUGAGAGAGAUCAUCAGCGUGGCGCCGCGCACACACUGUACGACUCUUAUGUAUACCAUGUAACUUAGAGGCACAAUAGACCUUUUUCCUGCUCAGGUCGCUGCCCGGCCCGCGCUGGGGAGCUGUUGCGCUGCUGCGUCCUGUGCUCACCCGGGACAGACAGGACCUUGCUGACUUAUUGUGGCAUUGAGCAGGGGGUGUUGCUCGCUGCUGGUUCUCGGGCAGUGUCUUGGCGCUCCACUGCCGCUCUAA